CUGGCCGAGGUGUUCCGGAACGUCCCUGUGUCUCCAGAAUCCUGCCUGUCCCUGGAGAGCCCCCCCCUCCUGGCCCUCCCUUCCUGCCAGAGACCCCAGCCUCAGCUCCAGUGGGGGUGCUGGGGUCCCGACGUCACAGAGCUGCUGCCGGGUCCCGGGGACCAGGAGCCGGGCCCCAUCUUCCCGCUCAGCGUGGUGAGCCCGGGCCUGAGCCCUGGCCUGAGGCUGGGCGGCUGCCCUGAACUUUGGCACGAGGAUCUGGAAGGGCCGCAGCUGGGCAUCUUCUAACGACUUUGCUGCCCCUGGGCAGCCCCAUCGGCCCGCGGCGUGGACGCCUUCCCUUCCUCCUUGUUUGCUUCCCCGGGGCCUUUUGAGCUCUCUGGUAGCUACUCGUUUUUGUGAAGGAUGGAUGCCUCAGUGCCAACAGACGGACAGAUGAACGGCGGGGCCCUCCUUGGCUGAAGGGGGGGGCAAGAGCACCCUCCACUGCCUGGCACCCCCGUGCUCUGACCUGACCCCAAAGGCAGCCAGGCUGGAAAAGGGGGGAGGGGGCGGGGCCAGGCCUGGGCUCCCCACCCUUGGUCACUGCAGUUCAGAAUCCUGUGGUUUAUUUUGUAAUUGUUUUAAAG